AUGAAAGUGAAUACAACAAAGAAAGGACAAGAUCAGCAGUCUGCAGAUAAUUUAGAACCAGAAUUUUAUGCACGUAUAUUGACAUUAUUCACAAGCAUUUAUGAUCAAACUCCAUUUCUUGAAAAUGAUUUUCCUCCAGCCAAAUUAUCAAAUAAUCAAAAGCAAGAAAAACCACCAGCUUUUGAAUCACCCAUUACUGAUCAUCGUCUCAAGAAAAUUCUCGAAAAUCGUAAUGCAGAUUCAGAAUUACAAUCUAAUAUGAUUUCUCUCAAAUCUGAUGAUCUUUCCAGGCAAUUUACAGAAGCCAAUACAAAUCUUGACGAAGUAUUUGCUCCAGAAAAGGCCAGCAGAAUCUCUACACCAAAAUAUCUUUUACUCCAGGAAAUGGAUAGAAUUGAAGCCGAUAAACAAACAAGGUUGAACAGACACUCACUUGAUAUUAAGAAUACAGAAAAAAUAUUUACACAAAGACUUAAAAAUGCUCAAAAGAAGGGCAUCGCUCAAGCAAAGGCCAGGGCUGAGAGACAGCAGUCUCAAGGCAAGAUUACUGCUCAAGGAGGUAAAUUAUACGAAUCAAAAGUUAAGCCUAAAAAUAUUAUUCCUUCAGAUAAGAUGGAAAGAGCAGCCGCUACUGCUAAAUUAAAUAAUCGCUUGAAUUAUAUGAGCCCUAAUGAUUAUAAGCAAUUUGUUCAUAAAAAGAAAGUUGUUGUUUCUGUAGAAGAUGAUGAAUAA